AUGCAAGUGCUGCGACAUUUCUAUUUUACCAGUGGUCAUCAUUAUUGGGAAGUGCUGGUCGAGCGUAUGCUAGAUCCUCGAGGAGUUGUCGUUGGUGUGGCGCCGUCUGAAGCGGUCGAGACCGGAGUUACAGAAGAGGCAGUCGGAUACGCUGCCACCGGCGUCAUCUUGCAUAGCGGCGUGGAAGUCUGUAGGGCUCAAGCUUUUGCUGUAGGAGACACCGUUGGUGUGUACCUAGACAUGAACAGACACGAGGUGGCGUUUUUUCUUAACGACGAAGCACAGCUGGACCCGAGAGAAACUGAUGAAGUGACUGUCGAUGAAGGCGAGACAGCGCACGGUCGUGUGGUCGGAGCCGGACUUGAAGAAGGCAUGCUAGAGAUGAAAGCACCUGCGUACGCUGCAAAUACGAGAAGGGUCUCAUGGUAUUCGUUCCGAUCUCGGACGGUGUUCGCCGCAAUUGCAUUGUCCUCUGAAGCAGACAAUUUGGUCAUUGUGAGAUCUGAUGUGCCCGUUGGCUAUCGAUAG